AUGGCGCGCGUCUACGCAGAUGUCAACUCGAACAUGCCCCGCAGCUACUGGGACUACGACAGCGUUAAUAUCAGUUGGGGCGUUUUGGAAAACUACGAGGUCGUUCGCAAAAUUGGCCGCGGAAAGUACUCGGAAGUUUUCGAGGGUAUCAACACUAUCAACUACCAGAAAUGCGUCAUCAAAGUCUUGAAGCCCGUUAAGAAGAAGAAGAUCAAGCGGGAGAUCAAAAUUCUGCAGAACCUCGCCGGCGGCCCCAACGUCGUCGCGUUGCUUGAUGUUGUUCGCGACUCUCAGAGCAAAACGCCCUCCCUCAUCUUCGAAUAUGUCAACAAUACCGACUUCCGCAACCUGUACCCCAAAUUUAACGAUCUCGAUGUCCGCUACUACAUUCUUGAGCUCCUCGUAGCCCUGGACUUUUGCCACAGCAAAGGCAUCAUGCACCGUGACGUGAAGCCGCACAAUGUCAUGAUUGAUCAUGAGAACCGCAAGCUCCGUCUCAUCGAUUGGGGUCUGGCCGAAUUUUACCACCCUGCUACAGAGUACAACGUCCGAGUCGCAUCCCGUUACUUUAAGGGUCCCGAACUGCUCGUCGACUUCCAGGAAUACGACUACAGUCUUGACAUGUGGAGCCUCGGCGCCAUGUUUGCGUCCAUGAUCUUCCGCAAAGAGCCGUUUUUUCACGGGCAGAGCAACACCGACCAGCUUGUCAAGAUUGCCAAGGUUCUUGGCACCGAUGAGCUCUUUGAGUACCUCGACAAAUAUGAGAUUGAGCUCGAUGCACAAUACGACGAUAUACUCGGCCGCUUUCAAAAGAAGCCUUGGCACAGUUUCGUCACGUCGGAGAACCAGCGCUUCGUGUCCAACGAGGCCAUUGAUUUCCUCGACAAGCUGCUGCGCUACGACCACCAAGAGCGCCUCACCGCAAAGGAGGCACAAGGCCACGCCUACUUUGACCCUGUCCGCGAUCCCGAGAUUUUCAAGCACAACCUCGCCAACGCCAGCACUGGUGGGCCGUACAAGACCGCUUGA